UGCUUUCCCGCAAGGGCUGGCGACUCCGCUUUCCGGCGGGCGGGCCGAGGCGGGCGGCUGCUUUGGGAGGCGGGAUCGCGCCUCAGGGUGCCGCGGGGCUGUGUUUUGUACGGCGGGGCGUCCGUCGCGGCGCGGCCAGCUAGGCUCAGCAUGCCGGGCGUGAAGCUGACCACCCAGGCCUACUGCAAGAUGGUGCUGCACGGCGCCAAGUACCCGCACUGCGCCGUCAACGGGCUUCUGGUGGCCGAGAGGCAGAGGCCGCGCAAGGAGCAUCCGCAGGGCGCGGGCAGCCACACUCUCUUCGUGGACUGCAUCCCGCUCUUCCACGGCACGCUGGCCCUUGCGCCCAUGCUGGAGGUGGCACUCACCCUGAUUGACUCAUGGUGCAAAGAGAACAGCUAUGUGAUCGCCGGCUAUUAUCAAGCUAAUGAGCGUGUGAAGGAUGCAAGCCCAAACCAGGUGGCAGAGAAGGUGGCCUCCAGGAUCGCUGAGGGCUUCAGUGACGCUGCACUCAUCAUGGUGGACAAUGCCAAGUUCACGAUGGACUGCGCAGCACCUACAAUCCAUGUGUACGAGCACCAUGAGAACAGGUGGCGAUGCAGAGACCCACACCACGACUACUGUGAAGAUUGGCCAGAGGCUCAGAGGAUCUCGGCUUCACUCCUGGACAGCCGCUCCUAUGAAACACUUGUGGAUUUUGAUAAUCACCUGGAUGACAUUCGGAACGACUGGACAAACCCUGAGAUCAACAAAGCAGUUCUGCACCUGUGCUAGACGUGGGCCACCAAGACUGGAGACUCCAGUACAGAGAGGAGGAAAACCUGUACGUUUAGAGGAAUAGUGGCUUAGCCUCAUGGGAGCUGCAAGUCUGUGGUGUGUGCCUUGGAAGGGGGUCCAGUCGGCAGCCUUCAGGGCAGGGCUGUGGAGAGGUGUGGGCUGCCUAGACUCUGGGUUCUUUGUCCUGGGCUGCCCAAUCCUGCCCAUCAAAGCUCUUUCUGCUUGCCCCAGGUUAUUCCCAUUAAACAGCUCGAGCCUUUUAUAAUCUGGAGAGAA